UUUUUUUUUUUCAAUUAAUGUCAUUAAUAACUACAUUUCGAGAUACUAUUUAUGCUUUAACGUCAUGCUGCUUUCCAAAUCCAACUAUUACUAUCAAAAGAAAGAAAUAUAAAGUGAUUAACUUAUUAGGAGAAGGAGGAUAUUCUUUUGUUUAUUUAGUUCAAGAUGAAUCUAAUAAUCAAUAUUAUGCUUUAAAAAAGAUGCGCUGUCCAGAAGGUGCCUUAGCUGAUGCCAUGCAUGAAAUUGAAAUGUAUAAAUUAUUUAAAAGUGAAUACAUUAUACCUGUGCUGGAUACAAGUAUAGUUACAGAACACGAUGGUACCGAAACAGUUUAUGUUUUUUUACCAUAUUAUAAACGAGGCAAUUUGCAGGAUAGCAUUAAUGCAAAUAAUAUCAAUAAGACUUGUUUUCCAGAAUAUGACCUAUUAGCAUUCUUUUUAAAAAUUUGUUAUGCGAUAAGAAUAUUACAUAAUUUUCAUGAUGAAAAUAAUGUUGUUGUACCUUUUGCGCAUCGUGACUUAAAGCCAGGAAAUAUACUUAUAUCAGAUGAUGGUAAAACGCCCAUACUAAUGGAUUUUGGAUCAGUUACAAAAGCACGUAUACCUAUUUUAACAAGGCAAGAUGGACUAUUUCAACAAGAUAUUGCAGCAGAAAAGUCGACAUUACCUUAUAGAGCACCUGAGCUAUUUGAUGUGCAGACGGGUACAAUAUUAGAUGAAAAAGUGGAUAUUUGGAGUCUAGGAUGUACGCUAUAUGCUGCAGCAUAUGGACAAAAUCCAUUUGAAGCGAGUGUGUAUGAAAUGGGAGGAUCACUAGCUUUAGCUAUCUUAAAUGGUCAUUAUAAGUUUCCUAUUGAAGAUCCAUAUAGUGAUGAAUUCAAAAACUUUAUAAAGUUCUUACUAGUCAUUGAUUCUAAAGAGAGACCUGAUAUUGAUCAAGUUAUUAUAAAGCUUGAAAAUAUAUUAAGUAAUUGUGUAUAAAAAAAUAAAAUAUUUGUAUAUGUAGUUUUAUUAUUAUU